AGUUUGAAAUUGACCUUAUGAUAACUUUGGUCAAACUCAACUCUGUUAAAAGCUACAGUGUCGCUGGGGAGUUGACAGUAACUUUGUUACAACCUAUUUUUCUCCUUUCACAACAAUACUAUGGUUUGAGAUUGGUUAUACAUAGCAAAUUAUUUAUUGUUCCAGUAGCUUUUUUCAUAUCUCCAAUUAGAAUAUUUUCUUUCAUAAAACUCACUAGCCAUGCAAGAUACUAUAUCUCCAAUGGAAAGGAGACAAUACAUAGUCCAGUUGGAAAAUAUAGAAUAUUUACUUCUGAAACUUUUCCGACUUUAAUUUCUAACUCUUUCGUCGUUUUAGUUGGACAAGUGGAUUUCUAUUAUCUACGUUUCUUUGCUAAGUCCUGGAAUUCAUUCUUUCAUAACCGUCCAUCGAGUUCUCCUGAGCACUGAGUUCCUGGUAGACUUGGUGUUUUUUUGUGUAUCACUUUUUCUAUCUUUUUGACGUCUACACACUUUAUGCAACACUUGUUGUUGUUUGAACUUGUAGUAUUAAAGGGAAAUUUGAGAUUUGAAUUUUCGAGAAGAGAGCAAAGACAAAGGAGUUUAUGCUGUUGUUGAGUUGAAGCAAAUUACUCCACUAGUUGUCUCGCAAGUCCAUUUAGUUUUACAGAUAAUUGUUUCAGAGCAAUUUGCAUAUUUAUUAGGAGUUGAAAUUCUUCUCUUAUAGUCGGUUGUUGGGAAUCAGUCUUUGGGUUAAUAUUUCCAAGAUAUUCUGCGAGAACAAGAAACCAGUCAGACUCACAGUUGAGUGUAUUGGUCAGUUCACAGAGUAACUUUCUGUAUGUUAGAUUUUUGUCCUUUGUGGCUAUUUUCAAGACGGAGAAGUCAGUCUGUAGCUCCGCAACAGUUUUUGGAGUGUAAGCACUAUUCGCACUGUUUGUAAAACCGAUUCAUUUCCCAGGAUAGCGUAGUAAAGUCUUGUGUAUCCUUCAUUGCUCAUUUUUUGAUGGAUGUUUGUAUUGUGAUAGCCUUUAAUCAAUUCUCUAUUGAUUUGAAAUAUUUAUUAUCGAUAGGGCUCUAGGCGAUUGCUCUGAAUGAGUGCGAGCUUACCUUUUUUCAAUUU